AUGGGCGCCUCCGGAAAUUAUUUUUUGUGUCAGAGUCAUAUUUUUCUUUUUUGUGAACAAAAAAAUGAGUUUUACCACGGAAAUGCUUGCGCACAUAAUGUGCGUCCCCCUACUGUACGCAUGCUUUGA